AUGCCAGUCGAAAAACUAACUACCCACAUCUCUGGAUGUUUAAAUUUUAUUGCAAAGUUUAAAAAUAGCAUGUCCGAAGCUGUGGAUCCAAUUCAACCAUCUUCCUCGCCAUCAUCGCCAGCACCACCACCGCUAAUAGCAUCUUCUUUAUCAAUUCAAGAUUUGGUUUCCACAUCAUCACAUCUUGAUCUACGUGUCGGGCGCAUGAUGAGUGUUGAAAAGCAUCCAUCUGCCGAUAAGCUCUACAUUGAACAGGUUGACUUUGGAAGUGUACUCGGAAUCCGAACAGUCGUUUCGGGGUUGGUCCCAUAUUUCACUCCAGAUCAAAUCCAAGGAAAAUUGUGCCUAUUUGUGGCAAAUCUGAAGCCUGCCUCCAUGAGGGGGGUAAAGUCGCAAGCGAUGGUCUUGGUUGCCCGUGGCCCCUGUGGGAAUGUCGAAUUUAUCGCGCCCCCAAAGAGUGCCCAACCGGGUGAUCGAGCAACAUUUUCUAUUCCAGGCGAAUCUGGCUCUUUGGGAUCUUUCCCGGCUGAUCCCAUUUUAAAUCCAAAGAAACUCCAUUGGGAGACCGUUCAACCAGCACUUGGAAUAAGCCCGCAUUCAAAAUCAAUUGUUCUUAAAGCAUCAGAUGGGUCAGAAGCCAUUCUUCUCUGUGGAUCCGACCCCGUUCAUGUCUCUAUCCUUACAACUGGGGUAAUUUCAUAA